AUGACUACCGGCACCGUCGAAGAGCCAUACACCGCCGAGAAUCCGUUGUCCGCUGAGGAGCCGUCGACCGCUGAAGCUGAAGAGCCGUCGACCGCGGCAGAGCCGUCGAUCGCUGAAGAGCCGAACAACACACCUUCGAGGCCCAUCUCGCCAUUGUGCUCGGCGACGCCUGCGGUCGGACUACGAGAUCUCGAAGAAACGGUCGCCCUCCGUCGUGCGCCACUGCAGUCGGUGGCACCUGUGGUCGGACUACACGAAGACACCGUCACUCUGGAUCGUGAGCAGAUACGGCAGGCUCUGUUCUCUGGUGCCUCAGUCAUUGUUUCCUACAUGGUAGAUGUUCUACGCAUCGCUUUUCGGUGGCUCAAGAGGCCGUUGGGCGUCCUCACCUUUGUCGUGCUCCUGGUGAUGAUAAGUUGCCACGUCGCUGGGAAGCUCAGCGACAUGCUUUCCCCCGUCUGUCUGCUUCCGGGCAUCUCAUCAAGCAUGGUCUGUGCUCGUUAUGCACCGAACAUACUCGGCGUGGGGAAGACAUCAAGGUUAGCGGGGGUCGGCAAGGUCGUCGAACUGCACAGCCACUUCGAGGCAAUCAUGGAUGCCAAUCGAUACACGAAUGGAAUCAGCCUAAAACUCAAGCAGUCGGAGGUUGCGACGCGCGACUUGGUUACGCUCGUACGCGCCAGUGACCUGAGGAGCCGCGAUAUCCUCGCAGAAGCCCUGAUGGAGUUGGUGAAGGACGCAAAGAAGGCAGGCGAAGGGCUGUACAGGCUCAGCGCGAAGAUUGACGGCGCGGUAGAUCGCAUCGUGGCCGUGAACGACCACGCCAUGCUCACAAUUGAAGCCGCGACAGUCAAGGAGGGCUUGCUGCCGUGGCUCGCGACGACUCUCAUGCCCCAUCUUGCCACCGGCGCGAGCACUGUCGUCCGCUCGUAUGCCAAUGUAAUGGAGACGCUGGUACACGAGACCCAGCGCAUGCUCUCCAUGGCAACUACCAGCGCCGCAGACCUUGAGCAACUCCAGGGACACCUCCUGACAAUACAUGAAGUCUGCUUGCGAGAGGGAAUCUUCGGUGGAAACCGUUAUGCGCGCCAGACGAACGAGGCGCAUCUUGCGCUCCUCAAGGAAGCCCUCGCCCAUGUAAUCGCAACGCGAGAUGCGUUACAAAUGCUGGUCGCAGAUGUGGAGGAGCUGCGGGACCGCUCGGCCGCACCUGGCAUUGUAGGUGAACGCGUGCCGGUGGAGGCGUUGGUUCGGAGCGUCAGUUAUGGCAUUGAACGGCUGAAGGAGGGGCGCCGGGCGACAAACAGUGCGUAUUGA